AUGGAAGGAGAGCAGCUCUUUGAAUCUGAAAACUUGAGCGCCAUCAGUAGGGAGGCCGUGCGAGAAGCCUACCUAACAAAGUUCGAGCCCCGGAGUUACGCCGAGAUCACCAAAGAAUACCGCUUGUACCCUUUCCAUCAGGAGGAGCUGCAUCGCAUAUUUUUCUCAGAUCUCGUGGAAGGACGUACAACUCUGCUCGAAGUUGGAUGUGGGCCCACAGCGGCGUUUGUGCUGACUGCCGCCGCCCGCUUCCAGGGGAUUGUGCUCAGUGAUCUGGUCGAUAGCAACAGACUAGAAGUUGACAAGUGGCUCCGCAACAGCGCUGACGCCAUCGACUUGUCUUUCUGGGCCAAAUCGAUUGCGGCCCUGGAGGGUCAUGUCGAUACCAGAAAGGGCGCUCUGGAGAUCAUGGAACGCGCCCGUCGAGCAGUCAGAAAGGUGGUUCCCUGCGACGUCCUGGACCCCGCCGUGCUCCCAGAGGACCAUCGGGACACCUUCGACGUCGUCCUCUCUUGCAACUGCUUGGAGUCUGCAACGGCCGACCUGCAGUCCUACCGGCGAGCGUUGUCCAACGUGGGCCGUUUGGUGACCAGAGGCGGUCUGCUCGUCCAAGCCGGGGUGGGAGGCAUCACUUCGCACAGGGUUGGCCAAGAGACCGUCCCGAUGACGUGUCUUGACGAGAGCAGCAUCAUGGAGGCUCUCGCUGACGCUGGAUUCAGGGUGGAGACGUUUCGGAAGAAAAUGUACGACGGGCCAGACUGUAAAGCGCGUGGCAAACGAUUUGGAUUCGUUUUGGCGGCGACUAGACUUUGA